CCUUUUCGCCCCGCCCUUCACGGCCGCUCUCCCCGCAGCGGAGCCGAGCGGAGUAAAAUGGCUGCCGCAGAGGCUGGGCCCGGACAGUAUCGGCGGCAGUGGCCGCGCCUCCUCCUCUUCUUGUGCUAAAGUGGGCGGGCAGAAGGGCCUAGCAUCCCGGUGGAGCCGGGCUUUGCAGCUGUGGAGACAUGGAAGAAGAAGAGAAUCGUGGCUCUCCAGUAAGGGAGGAUCCUACACGAAGUGGUGAGAAGCCGGCCAGUGAACCCUCUCUUGACUCGGAUUGGGACCAAUCAGGUGCCCUCUGUGAUGGCCAAGUGAUAAUUUUGAAAGCUUUGCGGCAAGCUGUGGGCACUGGCUUGGCAGGUGAACUACAAGAUCCAGCGAGUGAGAAAGAUGCUGAAUGCAAGCGCCCAAGCCGAAGGAAGUGGUGCAGGAGCUCCAAAUCUGAAGGGCUUGGAGGAAGUUGGCCAGGAACUGGAGACUCCGCAGUGGCCUGUGAUAAGAAUGGCCAGAUGGGCGAGGUUCCCGAAGCUCCUUCUUCUGACACAGUAUCUGCCUUGAUUGGAGUCUUGGAUUAUCUGGAAUGGACUUCCCAUUUGCCCCAGGAAGUAGAGAGCCCCAUGGGGACCGAGGCAGUUUAUGAAAAUGAAGAGAUGGAAGAAGUGGAGCUGGUAGCCGAAGUACGGCUGGGGGAUGUUGGUGCCCUGUCAGGGAUCUUUCGGAGGAACCUGUCCUGGAGGAUACAGAAGACAGCCUGCCUUCAAUCAUCUACACCCUGCUGGAGAGGAAGCAGCCCGUGCCCUGUUGGCCAGCUUUCCCUUUCAGAGCAGCCCUACCCUCUGGACCCAAACGGAACUCUGUCUGUAAUAAACAAGGCCACUUGGACUUCUGUUUUAGGUGGAAGCAGGGUUUUUCAGUCUCCUAAAGCAGAUAGGACUUCUCCUUCACCUUGCUUGGGCAUGACUCUGGGCACUGGCAUGGGGGUAUCCAGUGGGGGGCAGCAGCGCCCACAGAACACCACUGGCCGGGAGUCUGAAACUCAGCAGCGAUCCCAGCCACCACCUGCCAACUCUUUGGAUAAGGCUGAUUCCAGCACCUCUUCUUCAUCAUCUUGUUCUUCAUCAAGUUCCUCCAUAUCUUCUCACCAGGGCCUGCCUGGUGAAGGUGGUGGUGGUGGGUCUUCGAACCCUUGCCCCCCAAUGCGCUCCCCGGACUUAGAUAUUUAUGAUCCCUUCCACCCUACUGAUGAGGAUAACUUGAAUGGCGAUUUUGGCUUCAGUGACUCUCCCCAGAAAGAGGCCGAGGGCGGGGAGCAUGACCAGAAAUAUGAUCCCUUUGAUCCCACAGGCUCCAACCCCAGUUCCUCUGUUAGUACUCCUUCACCUGAGGAGGAGGAUGAUGAGGACGAUGACGAGGAUGAUGACCAUGACCAGCAUCCUCCAGACAUGUCCCACAGCAUUAGCCGCAUCUCAGAAACAUUGGCUGGAAUCUACGAUGAGAACAGCUUGAGCCAAGAUUUCCCCAGCUCGGACAAAGGACAAGAAGAUUCAGAACCAGAAGCAGAGGCUGACAGGGAUUAUGAAUCCAAGGGCACCUGCCCUGCUGAGCCUCCUGAGGGCAAAGAACUUCCAGGUGCAGAUUCCACCCUGCCCGAGGAGCUCCCUCCAGAUCAAGCUGAAUCCCAAGCUCUUGAGCCACGCCGCCGGGUAUUUGUGGUAGACCUGGCCCCCAAAGGCCGCUUGGAUGCAGAAGCCAAGCCCCAGCUGGAGGGGAAGGUGUCUCUGGAGGUGGUCACCAUUGGAAAUGCCAAACUAAGGAGUGGGGAGAAGGUGUCCAAGGGAGGAGGGCAUCAUCGGGCUGGGCGCCGAUCAUCUAUGGACUGGGAUGGGAGUGGAGGUGGUGACUCAGAAAUUGAAGAAGGUGAGAUUGUUCAGCCAGAGGAUGAGAGGUAUAGUCCUAUUCGACUGUUCCGGAGCAGAUGCCGGCCUGCAGAACAGCGUACCCUACGGGUGGUGGAGGGAGAUGACUUCCUGUCAUUACAUGCAGACUCGGACGAUGAAGGCGCCUUGCAAAUUGACUUUAGUGAAAGCCAGCCUGACCCACGUUGGAAGGGUGUGGACUUGAGGCGGAAGAUCCUCACCCAGCGCCGAGAACGCUACCGAGCCCCAUCACCCUUGCCUCCGCCACCGCCACCGCCACCUGCCCCCAAACGUCCUGCCUCAAAAUCUCACUCUGGUUCUAGCUCAGGCUCAUGUAAGAAAUCCAAGCGGGAGCGCAAACGAUCCCGAGAGCGCAAGGCCUCAAAAAACAAGGAGUCUUAUGUCUCCUCCUGGAACCCCAAGAAGAAAUCAAAAUCACGCUCAAAAUCCAAGGAACGUCGGCAUUCGCGCCACAGAGCCUCAAGGUCCCGCUCACACCACCGAGCCUCUCGUUCCUGGUCCCCCUCGAUCAGCACCAGCUUGUCUGCUGUUGGCUCCUCGCAUGCUUCUGCGGAGCGGCGCAAGAGCCGAAGGUCUAAAUCCAAGGAGAAGCGUCGUAGCCGUCAUUCCCGGUCACACAGCAGUAGUCGGGCACAUCGCAGUCGGCACAAAGAGAAACAUCGGGGAGAGGGCAGCAGAAAGAAAAAGAAGCGUUCUCGGUCUCGUUCCCGUGAGAAGCAUUCCUCCCAUCGAUUAUCGAAGGACAAGGAGCGGGAGGUUCACCUCUUGGAGGAGCCCAAGUCUGAGAAGGUGUUGAUGGAGCGUCGGAGAGAUGCACGGACUGUUGUGCCACCUUCAAUCCAGGAUCUCAAUGACAAUGAUCUCUUCACCAUCAAGAGGACAAUCACAGUCAACCAGCAGGAGAAAAUGGAGGGACUGUUGGAGACUCCAGAGAGAGCUAAGCGGGAGGUUCUUUAUGAUUCUGAAGGGAUGAGCUUUGAUGCUUGCUUCUCAGACCGUGAGCCUGCUGAGGAAUCCAAAUCUGGUGGAGCACGGCUGACAGCCAAGGAGGAUGUAGUCCCAUCCCGCAAGGACAAACGGCCUGAAGAGGACACCAAGCAGAAGAUACCCAAGGAGAAAGAACGCAAGAGAGCCUACCUUGAGGAGCGCCCUGGUGCCCGGGAUAAGUACAAAAAGAAGCCAAAGGAAGGGCCUCCUUGUUCUGAACAACAGGAAUUGCCUAAGGCUGAGAAAAAGGCCCGACCUGACAGGGAUAAGCCUGGGAAAAAGAUUAAAGCUGGAAGCCACAAGGAAAGUGGUAAGUUGGGUUCUGGCCGGAAAGUGAAGCUUCAGUCCAAGGUGGCCGUGUUGAUCCGUGAAGGGGUAAGCAGCACCACAUCAGUCAAAGAAGUGGGCUCCAUUGGUGUGAAGUUCAGCCGUGACAAGGAGAGCCGCUCACCUUUCCUGAAGUCAGAAGAGAAGGUGUUGAUGGUCGGGGCUUCAGCAGCAGGUCAAGGCGAGAUGGCUGAUGUCAAGGAGCCAGGCUUCAAACCCAAGAAGGUCAAAGGGCUGAAGGCUAAGAUGGGUGUGAAGAAAUUGAAGGGCAUCAAGCCAAAGGGAGCCUCCUCAGAACCCAAGAAGAAGAAGAAGCUCAAAGUGAAAACUGGACUGAAGAAAUCCAAAGCUGACAGCUGCAGUCAAGGUGCAAGCAGCCCUCUGCGGGUCAAAGAGGAGCCAUCCUGGUCAGGUUCGGAGAAAUCAGAAGGCACAGCCAAGCCGCCAAGCCCUCAGCUGCUGGCUCCAGAUCAGGAGCUGACUCCUGAUUCUCAGACAGUGGACAGUAGCUGUAAGACUCCGGAUGUCUCCUUCCUUCCAGAAGAUCCUCCAGCUGAGCAGCCGAGGGUGCCAGCUGAUGAGCCCGAAGCAGACAGCAUGUCUGAGACCAAAGAGGAGCAGCCACAACAGCAACAGCCACCCCAUCCACCCCGCAGCACUCCCCAGCCGCCUGCCCCCAUGUCUUGGAAUCUGCAGGGUGGGGUAGACUGCACCAGUGGUGUAUUGGCAUUGACUGCCCUCCUCUUCAAGAUGGAAGAGGCCAAUCUUGCAAGCCGUGCAAAAGCCCAAGAGCUUAUUCAAGCAACCAAUCAGAUCUUGACCCACACAAAGCCCUCAGCCUCCUUGGGCCCCCCUCAGCCUCCAGCACCGCCCACCCAGCCGUCUGCCUCACACCUGGCUGUACCACCUGUCUCCUACUUGCUUCAGGGUUCCCUGCCUCUUGGUGGCUGUGGUUCAACUCCCACUACUCCAACGGGGGUGUUGCCUGCGACGUUGAGCCAGGCCUCAGCAGGCCCUCCUUCAGCUGGCAUCUUUGCUUCCUCAUCUGGGACCGAUCUGGGCAGCACCAGCUCCGAAGGGCGUGGAGACAGUGAUAAGUACUUGAAGAAGCUUCACACACAAGAGCGAGCCGUGGAGGAAGUGAAACUAGCCAUCAAGCCCUAUUACCAGAAAAAGGAGAUCACAAAGGAAGAAUACAAGGACAUCCUGCGCAAAGCCGUCCACAAGAUCUGCCACAGCAAGAGUGGAGAAAUUAAUCCAGUCAAGGUGAACAACCUCGUCAAGGCCUAUGUCCAGAGAUACAAGUACUUUCGAAAACAUGGACGCAAGAUGGAUGAAGAGGCGGGGGCCUCCAAGGAAAUAGGAGGUCUUGACAAGUCUGGCUUACCCAUGCCCCCCCUCUGAACAGAAGGCAAAAGAAACAAAAACAAAGUGGUCCUUCUUUAUGCAAAUAGGCUGGGCUGAGCCCUUCCUCCCACCUCAUUUACUGUGUGGGGUCUGUGGAAGGAGAGGGUUGGGGACACCCUGUUUUGUUUGAGGGAGUGGUGGCAUUUGAAGAGUGCGGUUCUUGUGCAUCUGCUAUCUGUCCCGGACCCCCUCCCACAAACACCUUUCACAGUUUUAGUCACAAGCUGACUGGUGUUUUGCCCUGUAAAUACCGAUGGAUGAGGCUAAUUUGUAGUUUCAUCGCUCUCAAACUCCCAUGAUACAAUGGGUGGUGUUAUUCCUCUCCUGCCCCUCCUCCACCUAGUUUUUACUCAUUUAGCAUGUUUUUAAUUUGUUGGGUUUUUUUUUUCUCUUCACCCUCCCUGUCAGCAGUCAUGAAGCAGCAGUACCACAAUGGUCCUGGGGUGGCAGCUUCCUGCUGCCAUGUUGGGGAGGUAACUCCCCCCCCCCCCGUGCCCUCCUCCCAGUUGUAAGUUUGUCUGUCAUUCUCUUUCCCUGCCCUCUUUCUCUUCAUAAAACUGCAUUUAGCCAUCCAAA